AUGUUCCGCCGAACCCAAACCGAUGACUUCAACGAACCGUGGACAUUCAAAGACAAUUCUCUCGACUACAUCAACAUGCGGUUCCUGACUGGAUCCGUUCGUGAUUGGAGAUUUUUAGUGGGUGAAGCUUAUCGUUGCUUGAAGGAAGGCGGUAUUCUCGAGAGUUCAGAGCCAUCGUUUCUCAUCGAGAGCGAUGACGGCACAGUGAACGCGGAAAGCUGCUGGUACUGGUGGUCGAGAGUCUUCGAACAAUACGGGGCUCAGACUGGACAGACGUUCUCUGUGGUACAAGAGGGCAUACAAAGACGGGCUCUGGAAGAGGCACAUUUCAGCAACAUCCAGGAGUUCGACUACAAGGUAUGA